AUGGACGACACCAGUGAUAAUAUUGUGAUCAAAGCGGAAGACAUAAAUAUGCAAGAGCAGUCCACCUCUUGCGCCUCCGGUGAGAACACCCACCAUGACACCACCACACCUACCGUGACUAGUAGUAGUCCCACGCCGUCCUCUUCGGCGCUCCAGCCAUAUCACCAACAAUUGCACGAAGCUAUGCUGGCCGCUGUCAACAGUCACGGCGUUGCUUCUCUUUCACAGCAUGGUCAGCUCAUAGCAGCUGUUGCAGCCGCCGUAGGUGCUGGUGCUGCUGCCGUCUCUUCUUCUUCGACAGCAUCUUCACCGUCAUCCUCAAACAACAACAACAACACUAGCCCACCACCACCACCACAACAACAACUACAACCACAACUCUUACAGCCUCAAAAUCAACAACACCAACCUCCUACACAGCAACAGACACCACGAUCCGAUAUUGACUUUGUCAAAAGAGAUAACAUUCGUGCUGCAAACAGAGAACGAAAGAAGAAAUGGCGUAUUCACAACGAAGAGCGAAACAAAGAUAAUGACUUACGAUGCCGAGUCAAUAAACGAGCGAGUAAACUCUUUGGACCAGCCGACACUGAAGCAAAACGGGCGUGGGCCAAUGACGAAUUCGAAAAGCGGCGACAAAAGCGCAUGGAGAAAGAACGACGGAAGAACAUGAUUGACAAUGUACUCAGUGUACCAGGAAGCCCGUCAAGUGGCAUCAUGACCGUGCCUUCUUCUUGUGCUGGAGCAACGACGACGUCUUCAGCAGACGAUGCACACCAGUCGCCACAGCAACAAGCAGCAGCAUUAGCGGCAGCAGCAGCGUUACCAGAACAGCUGGGCUACUAUGCUGCUGCUGCUACUGCACCACCGCCACCCAUGACAGUCGAUCAGUCAGCAGCAGCCAAAAUGUUGGACUUUCCUCCUGAGCUGCAACGGCAAUUGUUGGAGCAACUCAAUAACAUGAUUGUAAGCCUUCUGAACAAUCCACACUCGAACAGUUCUUCAUAA